GCGCGAGCGGCUUGAGUACUGAGUCGCCCCCGGCACCGCGCCCGGCAGCUAGGCGAGCAGAGGCGCGCGGCGGCCGAGCGGCAGCAGGGAGCUGGUUUAUAGCUCGCCACUGGUGGGGAGACACGAGAGCUUCAGUGGGCAGCAAGCGGCUGGAUCCAACACGCCCUCCCUUCCCCACGCCUGCAGCAAGGCCUACUCUGUCCUUGGAACAGCUUCUGUCAGGGCUGCAGCUGGGUGACUGCCUGACAACCGAGUCAGCCUGGCUUCCUCUUUCUCAGGGACGCGGAACCAGCCCUCCUGGCCAUGGGAGGGGCCGUGGUCGAAGAGGGCCCGACGGGCGUCAAGGCCCCAGAUGGGGGCUGGGGCUGGGCCAUCCUUUGGGGCUGUUUUGUCAUCACAGGCUUCUCCUACGCCUUCCCCAAGGCGGUCAGCGUCUUCUUCAAAGAGCUCAUACGAGAGUUUGGGAUAGGCUACAGUGACACAGCCUGGAUCUCCUCCAUCCUGUUGGCCAUGCUGUACGGGACAGGCCCGCUCUGCAGCGUGUGUGUGAAUCGCUUUGGCUGCCGGCCCGUCAUGUUCGCAGGUGGCCUCUUGGCGUCCCUGGGCAUGGUGUCUGCAUCCUUCUGUGGAAGCAUCAUCCAGCUCUACCUCACCACCGGGGUCAUUACCGGCUUGGGUUUGGCGCUCAACUUCCAGCCCUCACUCAUCAUGCUCAACCGCUACUUCAACAAGCGGCGCCCCAUGGCCAAUGGGUUGGCGGCAGCGGGCAGCCCGGUGUUCCUGUGCGCCCUGUCCCCGCUGGGGCAGGUACUGCAGGACCACUAUGGCUGGCGGGGUGGCUUCCUCAUCCUGGGUGGCCUGCUGCUCAACUGCUGCGUGUGUGCUGCACUCAUGCGGCCCCUGGAGGCGCCCCGACUGGGUUCAGGUUCGGGGCCUGGGCCCCAGCGGCCGUCCCGGAAGCUCCUGGACCUGAGCGUCUUCAGGGACCGCGGCUUUGUCAUCUAUGCCCUGGCCGCCUCCAUCAUGGUGCUGGGGCUCUUUGUGCCGCCCGUGUUCGUGGUGAGCUACGCCAAGGACCUGGGUGUGCCUGACACCCAGGCGGCCUUCCUGCUCACCAUCCUGGGCUUCGUCGACAUCUUCGCGAGGCCCACCGCCGGCCUCAUCACGGGGCUCAAGAAGGUGCGGCCCUACUCCGUGUACCUCUUCAGCUUCGCCAUGUUCUUCAACGGCUUCACCGACCUCACGGGAUCCACAGCCAGUGACUACGGUGGCCUGGUGGUCUUCUGCAUCUUCUUUGGCAUCUCCUACGGCAUGGUGGGGGCCCUGCAGUUUGAAGUCCUCAUGGCCAUUGUGGGCACCCAGAAGUUCUCCAGUGCCAUUGGCCUCGUGCUGCUGCUGGAGGCCAUAGCUGUGCUCGUUGGGCCCCCGUCGGGAGGCAAGCUCCUGGAUGCGACGCACGUGUACCAGUAUGUGUUUGUCCUGGCGGGGGUUGAGGUGCUGGCCUCCUCCAUUGUGCUCGUGCUGGGCAACUUCUUCUGCAUUGGGAAGAGGCCCGAGGCGGCCACGGAGGAGGAGCAUCACAAGCCCCCCGAGGACGUGAGGGUGGACUCUCGGGAGGUGGAGCACUUCCUGAAGACAGAGCCUGAGAAGAACGGGGAGGUCGUUCACACCCCAGAAACGAGCGUCUGAGCUGGGGGAGGCCAGCAGGGGUGGCAGGGAACUGGACAGAAACCAUCAACGCUCGUAUUUAUUUCACAAACAGGACUAGCUUGGGCGGGGCCGUUGGCUCCACGCCGGCCACCCGGGCAGCGGAUCAUCGCCCGAUCACAGUGUUUUUCAGGGUAGGUGGCAGGGUGGAAACGUGUCAUUCCAAGGUGGAUCUGUGGUGAAGCCAAGCCGUGAGGUUAUGAGCGGUCUGCACCAGGGACCCCACCUGCUCACCCCAGGGAGCCCGGUGCCCGCCGCUGGGCUCAAGGACCCAGAGACCCACACUUUGGAGACAACACGAUUUUAAUCAGGGGGCGGGGCCGGGGACAGCUGCGGAGUGGGCAGUGCCACGACAGGCCUCCCUGCGUGACCGUGAGCGCCCCAUCCUGCCGGGUCUCCCCAUGUGCCCCAGCCCACCCCUCUUUGAGCGUCCAGUGGACAAAGCUCCCUCCUUCACCUCUGAAGGUCUGAGAUAAACCUGCACGUGGGAGGCGCCGUCUCAGAAGGAAUAUCUUCCAGGAGCUUCAGGAGUUCUGCUCUACAUAGGGGCAGUAUUCUAACUGUUCACCCCAAAUCUCGCUCUCAACAAAUAGCCUGGUUAUUUUUACAAAGUGGUUUUGGUCCUUGUCAGCCAUGUCGGCCUUCUAAGCACUGCUGGUUCUGGACCCUGCCCUGAUGGACCCCAAACGGCUCGGAGUGUUCACACAGCACCCUGGUGGCUGGCAGGGAAGGGGCCACGCUGCAGGGGUGUGUCCACUGAAGCUGAGAUAUACGUGUGGUUUCUGUUCACUGGUGUGUGUUUAAAGAAAAUGAUCUGCCUGC